AUGGAGACGGGAAGAAGAUCAAUCCCAGAGUCAGUAACCGUGCAGAUCAUCACGAGGUUACCUUUGAGAAGCAUCGCACGAUUCAAAUCGGUGUGCAAACAAUGGAGAUCGUUUAUAGAAUCGUCCUACUUCCGCAACCUCUUCGUCUCUCUCCACCAAAACUCAUCUUCCUCCUCCUCCUGGUCACUUAUGUUCCCAAUGAAGUUUCAGAGUCCUAUCACAGAAGCUAUAGGCUUCUAUGGAUGCAAGAGAUGGGAUCUUCCCAAAUAUCCAGCCUCUUGUAUCAUGCCUUUUCAACCCUAUCCCAAUCACGACUACUACUACUAUAUAGCUUCUUCAAAUGGAUUGGUUUGGAACGAACAAAUAUAUCCCAGAAUCAAACCCACAUCUUUCGUGGGCAGUCCAGUUACGCAAGAAUGUGUUGUGAUCCCUCCUCCGCCUCCACAUUCUAUAGACAAUCCCUUUAGUAUGGUCACGCGUGUUGCGAACGGCGUCGUUUCAAGCUUCAAGUUGAUUAGGACUUGUUAUGAUAAUUUUGAUAGACACAACGUACGGACCAUGUAUGUGUAUUCUUCUGAGACAGGGAGAUGGGCUUUCAAGCAACUUCGCACCCCUGUUCCUCUUCAGGAAUAUGGUUUUGACACUCCCUUGAAUCUUGACGGGAUGGUGUAUGUGUGGGACAAGAGAGUGGACAAUGAUACUGGCCCUGGAGUUCUUGUUGUUUAUGACUUUUAUGCCGAGAAAGGUGAUGAUAAUCAGUGUCGGAUUAUACCUCUACCUGGCACGUAUAACAAGUACGUUAGGAGAUGCUUGACUGCUUCGUGCGGAGAUGUUAUCUACGUUGAAAUAUUGUAUCAAAGAUUGAAGGUCUGGAAGCUGAAGAGUAACAACUCUGAUGGAGAGUGGUGGCAGUUGACGAGAGAGGAGAUCGACAUGGUCUCUGUCGGAUUUGAUGUCCUUUGUUUUCCUUUGGGAAUGAACCCGUUCGAUACUGAUUUGAUCUAUCUAUGGAGUCGACAACACAGAUGCGUGGUAUCUGGUAAUUUGAGGACACAAGAGUUUACUCUUCAUCGAGAAGCGGAGACUUGGAGUGAUGGUGAAGGUAGUUGGCGCAUAAACACGUCUGAUUCUAAGAAGUAUAUGGAAGAAACAUAUGAAUUUGAUACAGAUUCGGUCAUCACAUUAUCACAGUAUGUGCUCCCGCAGUGGAUGGAUCCAGUGCCCUCCUUGUGCAUAAAGAUCUUCAAAGUGGUUAGGACUUCUCACAAGAUUACUGAGCCUCUAGGGAGAAAGGGUCACAGGGACAUGGACUUUCAAGACGCUUCGCUCCCCUUUUCCUCUCCAGCUUACUGUUCUAAUAAGCCCUUGAAUCUCAACGGGAUGCUUUAUCUGUGGGACCAGAGACGGGAUGAUAAUACUGGGACUGGCCCUGGAGUUCUUGUUGCUCAUGACUUUUAUGCUGAAGAAGCAGAUGAUCAGUGUCGGAUUAUACCACUCCCUCUCCCGUAUAGCAAGUGCGUUAGGAGAUGCAUGUCUACUUCCUCUGGAGAUGUUAUCUAUGUCGAAAUAUUGGAGCGAAGAUUGAAGAUUUGGAAGCUGAAGAAGAGUAGCAACUCUGAUGGAGAAUGGUGGCAGUUGACAAGAGAUGAAAUCAGUAUGGCCUGUGACUGUUUUCCUUUGAGGAUGAACCCGUCUGAUUCUGAUUCGGUCUAUCUAUGGAGUCAACAGCACAGUUGCCUUGUAUCUGGAAAUUUAAGGACACAAGAGUUUACUCUUCAUCAGGAAACACAGACUUGGAGUGAUGGUGAAGGCUGCUGGCGCGUAAACACCUCAGAUUCUAAGAAUCAUAUGGAAGCUAUAUAUGAUCCAUCUUCGGUGAUCACAUUAUCACAGUUUGUGCUCCCACAGUGGAUGGAUCCACUGCCCCGCCCGCCAAAUUGAUCUAUAUCCUUCUUGGUCACUUUCUCAAAGUCUGUUCUUCAGUGUUUAUGUGUUUU